AAGCACAAAGAUUUCACCUUAUUCAGAAUUCCUAUGAAGACAGGAGACUUCUAUAAAAAAUGGAGACAGAGAUUGUUAGCUGUUAUCACUCAGUAUAGAGACUUUGACAAAGAUUUGAAAGAAAGACUCUCAAAGGGCAAUAUUUAUAUAUGUGAGAAUCAUGUUUUAGCAGAAGAUAUUGAAUUGACAAAAACUGGAAGGAAAUCAUUACGCUUAGAGGCUUUACCAACUGUUAACCUACCCAUAAAAUCACAUGAAAAAGAAAAAAAGGCACCUAGAAGACACAUAAGUAUUGUAAAAGAUAUUGUCCCACAGAAACGAAUAAAAUAUUUAAACUUAACUGAUUUACAGAAAAAAACUCAAAGUUAAAACUUAGU